AUGGGUCUGGCUCUCUCUCAGUCAAGGGAAAUUCUGCUUUCGUAUUUACUUUUUGCUUGGAAUAAUGCAUGUGAAGCUACAUAUCAAAGAUAUUGGGCCUUGGUCAUAGGGACUCCCAACGAGAAGGAAGGCAUAAUUCACACUCCUAUUUCUAAGGUGCUUAUGAAUGAUGGGAAGACUGAGAGGGUAAUGCUAGGUUACCAUUCGAGUAUAAAACCUCACCAAGAGGUUAUAACUGAGUAUCGGGUUCUUGGUCUAAAGAUAAAUGGAUGCUCAUGGAUUGAGAUACGUCCACUAACUUAUCGCAAGCAUCAGGUAUUUUUGGCGAUCCUUUAA